AUUGAUGGGUACCUUUACACCGGCAUUGCUGUUCUUCUUCUCACCAAGAUCUUGGCUUUGAGGUCAUUUUCUCUAGAUAAAUUACACCACUGGAGAGAGAGUGCAUCUGGCAUAAGCAGUUUGGCAUACUUUAUGGCUAAGGAUACAGUUGAUCAUAUCAAAACUAUUGUAAAGCCUGAGGUUUAUCUCUCAAUGUUCUACUUCUUCAACAAUCCAAGAUCUUCAAUUUUGGAUAACUAUCUCGUCUUGCUUUGUGUCAUAUAUUGUGUUACUGGGAUAGCUUAUGCACUUGCCAUCUACUUUGAACCUGGUCAAGCUCAACUGUGGUUGGUGUUGCUACCAGUUGUCUUGACCCUCGUAGCAAGUAAGGACAGUGCGGUCACUGCGAUAGUAGGAGAUUAUAUCUAUUCAAAGUGGGCCUUGGAAGCAUUUAUACUUGCAAAUGCUAAAAGGUACUCUGGGGUGUGGCUGAUCAUGAGAUGUGGGGUACUAAGGAAAAAAGGCUACGCGCUUGAUCAUUGGUACCCUCCUUGCUUACUAAAACUCAUCCUUCUCGGUGCUGCCAGUCGCUGCGUAGCAUUUUUGUUUUUGAUAACUUUCCAGAAAAAAUAAGACUUCAUUGUUGCUGUCUUGCUUCAUCACUUGGUAUACAAGGAAAGAUGCCAGUUACAGUCUCAAUACCAUGACGAAAGUGUUGAGAAGCCUCAAAAAGUUGGGUCCCUUGCGAAGAUUAUUGCAUAUAACCUUGAUAUGAUUCUUGGCAAAAUGUAAUUUACUCGAAACAGAUGGUAUAAAGCAGAAGGAGUCAGUUAAACAGGUUAUAUGAUUCUUUCUUCUUUAGGUGGAAAAUCAAAUGUAACAUGUGUUAAUAGUAGUUUUUCUUGGAGAAUGAUUCUACCUGGUUCCUGAGCCUCAUUUUGUAGCCUUGAGAGUACGCUUCAGAAAUUGGAGGUUAUACCCAAAAGUUGAUAAAGAUCAGGAUAUUAACAUCAAAGUAUGUAAAUGGUUAUGCAGCCAAAUGUGAUAAUGGCAUAAAUUCAGUUUUGAGUAGACA